GUAAAACAGCAAGUACUAAUGCUAAUCUGAAAAUAUUGUCAAACUCAAAGUAACUGCAUGCACUAUGAAAAAGCGAGAAGAACAGUUUUGAAAAAUUCAAUGAAAUAUUCGAGAAUUAUUCUGCAACAUAUCGGCAUCCGGUAAACCAUUAUUUUGCACAUUAUUCUCUUCAUGAGUAAGAAGAAAUCUGUAUCAAUGAUAACUCCACUGGUUUUAUUGGAAUUCGUUGUAUAUAAUUCGUUUGAUGUCAAGAAAUAGAGCUUCACUACAUGGAUCGUGACAAAUUUUUGUAACAUUGAUUAUCUUCAGCUAAAACAUCGUAAUUCUUAAUCUGGUAAGUAGUAACGUGGAAUUCUCAACUAUUCAUCUUGGAUUUGUGUUGAUAGACUAUGGCAAGCAUUGUAAAGCUUAUAAAUGACGAAAUAUAACUCAUUUUUUGAUGUUUGUACGAUAGGUUCUUUGGAAUAUGAUAACAAUAGCCAUAGGAGCAACAUUGCUGGGGGCGUACAAGGAAGCAUCCGUUGUAAUCAACGGAAGCGUCCUCCUGUGUGACGAGCAGUGUUCCUGA